GUAGAACCAUUCGGUACCAUCGGCUCCGAGCAGAAGGAGAAAGUGAGAUAAACGUACGCGAAGUGGUCAGAUCGAGGGAGAUAGAUAGUUCGGAGAUGGAUGGAGGUAUGGUGGCCCCCGCCUUCCCCACCGACGCAUCCACAGGUGCCACCUGAACAGCGCCUGUACCUGUUCGGAGUGGUUCUAUGGUUCAGUGUGACCGCGACCGUCGUCAAAACGCACGCCACGCGUUGUUCCUUCCUCCUGCCGCAACACAACACAAUUCAUUCAAUACAAACGAAAAUUAUCAGAAAUUGCGUAAAGCAACCCUAAGUUUGCAAAAACACUCUAGUGCGAUAAACUAUAAAUAAACCAUUGAACCCAUGUGGUACUGUGAUCAAGGUGCGCUUUGGAUUAAGGACUACACACUAAGCAUUUGCAGCACCGGACGAAGACUAAUUCCAACUUGAAUGUUUUAUGAGAUUCGAAGAUGAGUCAUCACCGGGAGUCGAGCGCCUUCGUGCCUGUGGUGCCGUCCCGGAACAUGCAUCCGAUGAUGUACUCCGGGGAGAUGCACAUGAUGAACCAAGAAAUGUUAAGAGAAAACAGGACGGAGAGGGUGGAAACGCCGAAGACGGCAUCCUCAAGCGAAACAAGCACCUCAACUCAACCAUCCAGCAACUUCAGAUCAGGGAAAUCCUCUUCGAACUUUGACAUCAUGGCCAUGAUGGCAGAUAAAAGGAAAGAAUUAGCACUGAGGGAGGAAGCUGCUUGCGUUGCAGCAGCAGCACAUGCAGCCGCAUUGAUGCUUCCGCACAGACCCGGAGGACCCAUCCUCGAAGCGAACCCAUCGCAGCCGCACCCCUAUCCAGGCUUCCUACCCGGAAACAGCAACCCCACGUUCCCGUUCGCCGGCGGCGCCGCUCUCUUCCCGCCCGGACCACCCCAGAUGCACGCCCACUUGGAUCGGAGGCUGCUGAGGGCGCCCGGCCGUGCCUCCAGACCCAAGAAGCAAUUCAUCUGCAAAUUCUGCAACAGACAAUUCACCAAGAGCUACAACCUUCUCAUCCACGAGCGGACGCACACGGACGAGAGGCCAUACUCCUGCGACAUCUGCGGCAAGGCCUUCAGGAGGCAAGACCAUCUCAGAGACCAUAGGUAU